CUCCUAGCCACCUGCGCCGCCGUUGCUGCUUCCGCUGCCCACCUUCUGCCGUUGCUGCUGUUGCUAAUCUGCCCGCGAGGGACCCAGGCGGAACAAGUUGUUCUCUUGGAUACUACGACGGAGGAGAAACUCGAUUGGACGAGAUAUCCUUUCGGGCCUCAAGCUAACACCCCUGGUUGGGUAGAAGAGUCUUUUACAAACUUCGACAAAGGUAUCAACUGGCGGAGUUACGUUGUCUGCGACGUAGCGUACUCCAAUGUGAACAACUGGCUGUGGACGCCGUUCAUAGAGAGGGGUCCAGCGAAUCGCAUGUACAUAGAAAUCAAUUUCACAACUCGCGACUGUUCGUUGUUUCCCGGCAACGCUCUCAGUUGUAAGGAGACUUUCAGUCUACUCUAUUAUGAGUUCGAUGCCGCGACCAAGGAACCACCCCCGUGGGAGCCGGACAGCUAUAAACUUAUAGGUCGUAUAGCUGCGGGCGAAGGUAGGUUCAACACGAACACCGAGGUAGUGAUAAACACCGAAGUGAAGUCGAUUCCGGUGACGAAGAAGGGCGUCUACUUCGCCUUUCGUGACCAGGGCGCUUGCAUAUCGAUCCUGGCCAUCAAGGUAUACUACAUCAGUUGCCCUGAGAUUUCGGUGAACUUCGCACAUUUUCCGGCCACACCAACCGGUCGCGAGGUUGCGCUUAUUGAGCAAACGCGCGGCAUUUGCGUUGCGAAUGCCGUCAAAAUCGCCCAGCCGACUUUCCUCUGCAAGGGAGAUGGCAAAUGGUAUCUCCCGACGGGCGGAUGCCAUUGCAAACCUGGCUACCAAGCUGACACGGACAAGCAGGAGUGCAAGGAGUGUCCGAUAGGCAAGUUCAAGCAUGAGGCGGGUUCUCAUGCCUGCGAGCCAUGCCCGGAGCACAGCAAAGCUUCCGAUUACGGCUUCACGGAGUGUCGUUGCGAUCCGGGCUAUUUUCGGGCAGAAAAAGAUCCUAAGAAGAUGCCUUGCACACAACCACCUUCGGCGCCGCAAAACCUGACCGUCAACUUUGUCGAUCAGUCCACGGUGAUCCUUUCCUGGAAUGCACCGCAUAUGCAGGGUGGCAGGUCUGACACGACUUAUAGAGUGGACUGCGAUUCCUGCAGCAUGGGCGUUAAAUACAUUCCUAAUACCGAGAUCUUCAACGACACGAAGAUCACGAUAACCGGUCUGAACGCGGUGACUACUUAUCGCUUCCAAGUGUUCGCCGAGAACGGCGUAUCGUCGUUGGUCGGCAAAUCGGAAUACGUGGACAUUACCGUUACGACAGAGGCGAGCGUGCCAAGUCUAGUGAGCAACGUCAGGAUCACAAGUGUCAAGAGCUCAGAGCUCAGCAUCAGUUGGGACGCGCCAGAUAUCGGAACUGGCGGAGACAACGAUCUCGUCGAGCGAUAUGAAGUGAGGUGUUACCCGCGCUACGACGACGCCACUAAUGCAACCGUCAUUCAAACGUCCGAGCUGUCUGCCACGUUCAAAGGUCUCAAGCCUUCCACGGAUUACGCGAUACAGGUUCGCGCCAAGACCACCCGCGGCUGGGGCGAAUACACGCCGGUGAUAUUUAAAAAGACACCCCACGCGAUGGGUUUAGACUACGUUGGCGAGGACGACAACAUGCAAGUUAGAAUAAUCGCAGGGGCGAUCGUUGCUGUGGUCGUACUUCUCGUGAUUAUUAUCAUCAUGACCGUUUUAAUUCUUAGAAGCAGGGCCUCGGACGAAUGCAACAAGAAACAGCCGAGCGACUGCGACACCUUGGAAUACAGAAACGGCGAAGGACUAGUUGUGACCUACAUGCACUGCAAAAUGGACAGUUCACCGAUUGUGACAACCCAUACCAACAACAAGAGCAAGUCCUCGCUGACCACGCCGCUGUUCACACCUGCAGUGGGGGUCGCCGCGGCGGGCGCAGGCGGCGCAGGCGGUGCAGGUGCAAGGAGUUAUGUCGAUCCUCACACCUACGAGGACCCGAAUCAGGCGGUACGCGAAUUUGCCCGAGAGAUAGACGCCGGAUAUAUCACGAUAGAAGCCAUUAUAGGUGGCGGAGAGUUCGGCGAUGUCUGCCGAGGGAAAUUGAAAUUGCCUCCCGACGGACGGACAGAAAUAGAUGUGGCCAUAAAGACCCUGAAACCAGGCUCCGCAGACAAGGCUCGUAAUGAUUUCCUGACAGAGGCGUCGAUAAUGGGCCAAUUUGAACACCCCAACGUGAUAUUCCUGCAAGGCGUGGUGACGAAGAGCAAUCCGGUGAUGAUCAUCACGGAGUUCAUGGAAAACGGUAGCCUGGACACUUUCUUGCGCGCGAACGACGGCAAGUUCCAAGUGCUCCAGCUGGUGGGCAUGCUGCGUGGCAUCGCCAGCGGCAUGCAGUAUCUCGCGGAGAUGAACUACGUGCACCGCGAUCUCGCCGCGAGAAACGUGUUAGUCAAUGCCGCUUUGGUUUGCAAGAUCGCCGAUUUUGGGCUCAGUAGAGAGAUCGAGAGUGCCACAGAGGGGGCUUACACGACCAGGGGCGGUAAAAUUCCGGUACGGUGGACAGCACCGGAGGCGAUAGCGUUCCGUAAAUUCACGAGCGCCUCCGACGUUUGGAGUAUGGGUAUCGUAUGUUGGGAGGUGAUGUCGUACGGCGAGAGGCCGUACUGGAACUGGUCGAAUCAAGAUGUGAUAAAAUCGAUCGAGAAAGGCUACAGGCUUCCAGCGCCGAUGGAUUGUCCGGAGGCUAUCUACCAGUUGAUGCUCGAUUGCUGGCAGAAGGAACGCACCCAUCGGCCGACCUUCUCCAAUCUCACACAGACUUUGGACAAGCUCAUACGAAGUCCGGACACACUGAGAAAAAUCGCUCAGAACAGCGUGAGGCCGCCUGCACACAAUCCGUACUAUGUCACAAGCCAUACAGCUGCCGCCCAGGCUGCGGCGGCUGCGAUGCCCCCAGGCCCAGCCGCGAGCACGGCGAGCCCGUUCGUAGACAUAGUCGGCCAUCAGGCCCAUCAACAAGCCCAGUCAGCGAUUGCCGUUCCAGUAAUGCCACCAGGAGCCGGCCGUAGCUUACACUAUCACACACAUGCAGCAACACACGCAGCAACACACGCAUUGCCACACCAACAAUCACCGCUCACCUAUCCCAACUGGGUUCCGUUCUCUCAUUUCGGCUGAGAAUGGUUACACUUGAAUUAAAACGAGCAAGAGCAUCACCAUCAUCAUUAUCAUCAUUUCCGCCCGUCUUUCUAGCCAUCAGAAUUAACGCCUGGCGUUUAAACCGGACGUAAUCUCAAAAGACUGCAUUCUAUAUCGUUACGAUUCGCAUUAUCUUUUAUAAUCGCGCUAGUCGUAGAGAAAUCAUAGGCGCUCUUCCAGCGAAAUAGUAAAAAAAAAGUAUAAUCCAAAUCGUGUCAGAUGGAAUAGUACAUGUGACGAAAAUAGUAGAGGUAUAAUACAGCCGAUAAUACAUUAUCGGAGUGUGCUAUAAACUGUAUGUACAAGAGUAGUACCGUCGUAAAAGAAUCUCUUCUCCAGUCUUUUUACUACGAAUUAUCGAUAAAUGCGAGGAUGUAGCUAUAGAUAUACAUGUUAGACGAUACAGAGAAUUUCUCCAUGUUGAACUAAGCAAUAAACUUUACCAUACAGAGUUAGAGCGUAUAUUAUCGAUUAAAAUUGUACCGAGAUAUAAAUAGAAAGUUUAAGAGUGUUUCCAAAUUUUAUGAAGGAUAAAUUCAACCAUCGAAUAGCAAUAUAGAUUUAAACGCGAGCUUAGAGAAUAAAAGGCAAAUAAACGUGGUGUGCAUAAAAGCAACUAGAGUCUUUAAAGUGUUCUCAUAAUUCUAUAUUAAUCAUCAUAGCUUUCAUUGAUAUACGCAUAAAGAAAAAAAAAGAAAGAAAAAAUGCAUAUGCACGUACACACAAAAUCACACGCAUACAUUUACAGAGGGUGUCCCAAAACUAACGCCAUUUCUUUCGACUGCGAAUUCUUUAAUCAGUUCGGACUCGAUAAGAUAAAGUUUUCUAUGGGGAAAAAUUCGCCUAUAUAUAACAAAUUGCUCAAAAGAACAGCCAUAGUCUUACGACACCCCAUACAUCAUACAUUAAAUCGAUAUAAGUACUUAUCGUGUAAUUUAUUAAAACUAUCGAUUUUAUCUUAGCGAAAGAUUUAUUAACAUAUAUAUGUACAGCACGCGUGCAACCGGUUGACCAUUUUAGAAUAGUAUUUUUAUACGUAAUAUAUUAAAUGAAAAACAAUAUAAUUAACAAUUAACGGUGUUAGAUCAUAUUUCUGCAUCCAUGAAUCAUCAAGAAAUAUUGUAAUCAUAACAUUAAUUUCUAAACUAUUUCUACAGAGUAUAAUGAAACAACGCCAUUCUAAGAGAAAUGAUUAAUUCAUUGAUUACAAAAUUUGCUAUUAGGCUAUUUCUCUUUACGUCCUCUGAAAAUAUUACAAUAAAAACUUGUCGCAGCAUUUAUAGGCCGGAGGUGAGGCAUUUAUCCAAUGAUAGGAAUAAAUAGAAAUAAAAGUGAUUUGUCGAAUUUUUCAUAAUCAUGUUGAAAUAUCGAUCACGCUAAAUUCGUCUUUUUUUUUGUAUUUUUAAGAUUUAAUAUAAAAUGCAUUUGUAAAAAGCUUAAAAUUAUUCCAAGCUGUUUGUAAAAGAUAAACAUGAAGAUAUUCGUAUUGGCGAACGAUAAAAAAGAGAUAAAAUUUGAGAAAAGAGAUAAAAUUCAAAGCCAAAUAGAUUGAAACUAGCCUGCAGAUAGAAACACACACCUAAUAUGACCUUCAUCGCACUAACAAAUGCUAACAAUUGUCAGAAUCAGAGAAAGGGGUGGUCCACCCUCACCCCCACCCGCCUCAUCGGAAUCUUCCAACGUGCAUUUGAGAAACAGGUAAAGAAAACAAGAAAAGAGAAUCAAAAGCGGCAUUCCCACACACUGAAUCCUAUUUGUGGAUGAGAGAAAAAAAAAGAAAGAAAGAAGCGCAGAAGAACAGAAGCUCAAUCGUUUCUGUUUCGUCCAGUGCCCUAAAUAACACAGAAUUCGCCCUUUAACAUUUCAACGAUUUGAUUACGCUGACUGUGCUUUCACGUUCUCUCUGCUUCUUUGACACAGUAAUGAAAUAUCGCCGUCAUGUAGACAGCCGUCUCCAUGCUUGGUAAACCUCUUAGUUUAUGUUGCACUGCUUGCCUUCAUACGCACUGUAAUCCGUUCACGUGUAUAUGUACCUAAACUGUAAACUAUGUAUCAUUAACACGUUACAUAUGAUACAUCUCUCGUCAACAAUACUAUUGUUAGCAGUUUGCGUUAUUAUCAUCCUCAUUAUUGUCAUUACAUCGCCAUUAUGUCGUCAUCGUUAUAGUACUUAUAUUACUUUUU